AUGGAGCUCAUCGAGCCCGACAAGGACUUCCUCAUCGCGCCGUCGAUCCUCAGCGCCGACUUCGCGCGCCUCGGCGAGGAGGUCGUCAACUCGCUGUCCGCGGGCGCGGACGUCGUGCACUUUGACGUCAUGGACAACCACUACGUGCCGAACCUCACCAUCGGCCCCAUGGUCUGCAGCGCCCUGCGCAAGCACGGCGUCACGGCGCCCAUCGACGUGCACCUCAUGGUGUCGCCCGUGGACCGCAUCGUCGGCGACUUUGCGGACGCGGGCGCGUCGUACAUCACGUUCCACCCGGAGGCGAGCCCCCACGUGGACCGCACGCUCCAGCUCAUCCGCGGCGCGGGCUGCAAGGCGGGCCUCGUCUUCAACCCGGCGACGCCCCUCGACAUCCUCAAGUACGUCAUGGACAAGGUCGACAUCAUCCUCCUCAUGUCCGUGAAUCCCGGCUUCGGCGGCCAGUCCUUCAUCCCCGCGACGCUCGACAAGGCGCGCGAGGCCCGCAAGCUCAUCGACGCGUCGGGCUACGACAUCCGCCUCGAGAUCGACGGCGGCGUCUCGGGGGCCAACAUCAAGGAGGUCGCCGAGGCCGGCGUCGACAUGUUCGUCGCCGGGUCCGCGAUCUUCCGCGACCCCCGCACCGAGGAGGACUACAAGGUCACCAUCGACGCCAUGCGCGACGAGCUCGCCGCGGCCAAGGUCCCGGCGAACCUCGUCGAGAGCUAG